UAGUCAAUUUGGAAAUGGACUUGCUUUCUGGAACCUACCUCUUGGCAGUCUUAUUAGCCUGUAUUGUAUUUCAAUCUGGAGCACAGGAGAAGAACUACACAGUGCGGGAAGAACUGCCUGAAAAUGUCCUCAUUGGCAAUUUGCUCAAGGAUCUUAAUCUAACACUGGAUCCAGAUGUCCCCCUUUCCUCGCCACUACAGUUCAAGCUUGUGUAUAAGACUGGGGAUGUACCACUAGUACGAGUGGAGGAGAACACUGGUGAGAUAUUUACAACUGCAAACCGCAUAGACCGAGAGAAGCUGUGCUCUGGCAUCUUUAGUGAGAAUCGCUGCUUUUAUGAGGUGGAGGUUGCCGUUUUGCCUGAUGAAGUCUUCAGACUGGUCAAGAUCAGAUUCCUAAUAGAGGAUAUAAAUGACAAUGCCCCCCUCUUCCCAUCUACAGUUAUUAACAUCUCUAUCCCUGAAAACACAGCGAUUAAUUCUCGCUAUUCUGUUCCAUCUGCCAUUGAUCCAGACAUUGGUGUGAAUGGUAUUCAGCAUUAUGAACUACUUAAGCCCAAAACAGCUCCGAAAAGGACAUUUGGAUCAAUUACAAAUGAUCAGGGUCAGAAUGUAUUUGGUCUUGAUAUAAUUGAGACACCUGAGGGAGAUAAGUGGCCUCAACUGAUUGUCCAGCAGAUCCUGGAUAGAGAGCAGAAGGAUACCUAUGUGAUGAAAAUUAAAGUUGAAGAUGGUGGAAGUCCUCCAAGAUCUAGCACUGCAAUCCUGCAAGUCACAGUGACUGAUGUGAAUGAUAAUCGUCCAGUCUUUAAAGAAAAUGACAUUGAAGUUAGUAUUCCAGAAAAUUCUCCAGUUGGCACCUCUGUUUCUCAGCUCCAUGCCACUGAUGCAGACCUGGGCUCAAAUGCACAAAUCCACUUCUAUUUCAGCAAUCAGAUCUCCAGCUUGGCCAAAAAGCUGUUUGCCAUUGAUAAUGCCACUGGUCUCAUCACCAUAAGAGAGCCACUAGAUAGGGAAGAAUCUCCAGUACACAAACUAACUGUUUUGGCAAGUGAUGGCAGUUCGACUCCAUCGAGAGCAACAGUGACUGUUAAUGUCACAGAUAUUAAUGACAAUGUCCCAUCAAUUGACACAAGGUACAUCAUCAAUCCAGUGAAUGGGACAGUGCUCUUGUCUGAGAAAGCUCCACUUAAUACAAAAAUUGCAUUGAUAACAGUAAUGGACAAGGACGCUGAUCUGAAUGGAAAAGUUACUUGUUUUACAGAUCAUGAUGUCCCUUUUAGACUAAAGCCAGUGUUUGAUAAUCAGUUUCUUCUGGAGACAGCUACAUUUCUAGAUUAUGAAUCCACACGGGAAUAUGCUAUUAAAAUAGUAGCUUCAGAUUCAGGUAAACCUCCCUUAAACCAAUCUGCAAUGCUCUUGAUCAAAAUUAAAGAUGAAAAUGACAAUGCCCCAGUUUUCACACAGCCUAUCAUAGGUCUUUCCAUCCCUGAAAACAAUGCUCCUGGUACUCAGCUAACCAAGAUAAGUGCUACGGAUGCCGACAGUGGGCGCAAUGCUGAGAUCAGCUAUAUUCUGGGUUCCGAUGCACCCCCUAUUUUCAAUCUUGACCGCCGCACAGGCAUUCUGACAGCAGUGAGAAAGCUGGAUAGAGAAAAACAAGACAGGUACUCCUUCACUGUACUGGCUAAGGAUAAUGGGAUGCCACCCUUGCAGACCAAUGCUACUGUGACAGUGUCAGUCCUGGACCAGAAUGAUAACAGCCCUGCUUUCACACACAAUGAAUAUAAUUUCUAUGUUCCAGAAAACUUACCCAUGUAUGGCACAGUAGGGCUUAUCACAGUAACAGAUGCUGAUUCUGGAGAGAAUGCUGCAGUCACUCUGUCUAUAUUAAAUGGUCGAGAUAAUUUCAUUAUCGAUCCCCUUACUGGUGUAAUAAGACCUAAUAUUACUUUUGAUAGAGAACAGCAGGGGUCAUACACUUUUCAGGUGAAAGCGGUGGAUGGAGGAAGACUGCAGCGUUCCUCAACGGCCAAAGUGACGAUCAAUGUUGUUGAUGUAAAUGACAACAGGCCUGUUUUUGUAAUUCCUUCAUCAAAUUAUUCAUAUGAGUUGGUUCCAACAUCAUCCAAUCCAGGUUCUGUUGUUACUAAAGUCUUUGCAGUUGAUAAUGACACAGGAAUGAAUGCAGAGCUCCGUUACGGCAUUAUAGGAGGGAAUUCAAGGGGCUUGUUUGCAAUUGACCAGUUAACAGGCAAUAUUACAUUGAAAGAGAAGGUAAUCACAUCAGAUCAUGGCUUGCACAGACUGGUGAUAAAAGUCAAUGACCUAGGGCAGCCAGAGUCUCUUUAUACUAUAGCUCUUGUGCAUUUGUUUGUGAAUGAGACGGUCACCAAUAGUUCCUACAUACAAGAGCUAGUGCGCAGGAAUAUGGAAACUCCAGUUGGCCAGAACAUUGGGGAUGGUGAGAUAACCCCACAAACCAAUGAUUAUGUCAAGAUCAUAAUUGCGAUUAUUGCAGGCACAAUGACAGUUAUUCUGGUAAUUUUUGUUACUGCGUUAGUACGGUGCCGCCAGACUCCCAGGCACAAAGUUGUCCAGAAAAAUAAGCAGAGUGGUGAGUGGGUUUCCCCAAACCAAGAGAAUAGGCAGAUCAAGAAGAAGAAGAAGAAGAAGAAACGCUCUCCAAAAAGUCUUCUCCUCAAUUUUGUGACUAUUGAAGAAUCUAAGCCUGAUGAUCCUGGCCAUGAGCACAUAAAUGGCACUUUAGACAUUCCUGUAGAACUAGAAGAACAGACUAUGGGAAAAUAUAACUGGGCCACUACACCAACCACGUUUAAGCCUGAUAGCCCAGAUUUAGCAAAGCACUACAAGUCUGCUUCUCCACAGCCAACCUUUCAAAUUAAACCUGAGACUCCUGUACCCCCCAAGAAGCACCAUGUCAUUCAGGAACUGCCUCUGGAUAACACCUUUGUGGUGGGCUGUGAUUCACUCUCCAAGUGCUCAUCAAGCAGCUCGGAUCCUUACAGUGUUUCUGAAUGCAGCUGUCAAGGAGGCUUCAAGACCCCAGGCCCCAUUCACACCAGACAGCACACAAAAGAAAUGGGAAGGCCACAAACUCCUUUAAAAGAAUCAACGCUGGAGCCAUGGACUCAGCCACAGCCUCAGCGCCGUGUCACGUUUCACCUACCAGAUGGCUCCCAGGAAAGCUGCAGUGACAGUGGACUUGGAGACCAUGAGCCCAGCAGUGGUGCCAGCACAUCGCACCCGCUGCCCCUCGGCUUCCCGCAGGAGGAGUACUAUGAGCAAGCAUCACCCAACAGCCGGACAGAAGGAGACGGAAACUCAGACCCUGAGUCCACUAUUGAAGUAAAUCUCCAGAAAGCCCUGGCUGAGGCCUCUGAAACCUGCACGCAGGAGUGUCUCAUCCUGGGCCAUUCUGACAACUGCUGGAUGCCACCUUCUUUGACACAGUAUCAACAAUCCAACACACCUUUGCCAUCAUUUGGCUUCCAGCAAAGCUGGGGCCGAGGAGCCAGGUCUGACGGACGACACACUCUUGGGAGGCCCCUUCCAAAGGAUGACACUGACAAAGGCCAAGGUGGGCCCAGGCCCCAGUUCUACAACACCUGUGAAAGACAGUGCACCAGCGAAGAUUCUGUCAAAGUCAUCCCUCUGGCAAAUUUUGCCAUGUCCCACCAGGCAGCAGUGUCUGGGAGUAGCACUACGUUUAUCCAUGAGCACCAGCUAUAAAUGCAUAUCUGACAAAUCGGCUAUUUCAGGCUUUAAGGUGUUACUGUAUAUAGUCACAGCCUAACACUGUUCUUAGUGCAUAUACAAAUUUGUUAGGCUUGUGAAUAUUUAUGUAUAUAGAAUCCUAAAUUUAACUUGAAAAGCUAAAUCCUUAGGACUUAGUUAAAGAAAAUUCACCCCAAUUCUUAGUAAAAUAUAUAAAAUAGGGAAGAAAACUCAAAAUCCAGAGCCAAUCAAAAGAAAACCUUAAAAACCUGCUUAUUUUCUAAUAUGGGUCUAUAUGGUACAAAUAUCUGCUAGCAGGUCUUCCUCCCCGUUGAAAGCAAUUUCUUAAUACAGCUUAGGAAACAUUGCAGUAACAUAACUUACCAAUUUUUUUCUGUCUUCAUUGUUAUAAUUUAUAAGGUAUUCAUAGAUUUCACCUUCCAUUUGCUUACCAACAGAGAUCAAGUGGUCAAUUUCUUUUUUGGUUACCUUACACAAUAUAAAAAGACAUACUUUGGAAGGAUGGUGUACAUUCCUACCAAAACUUACUUUUCAUGUAAUUGAGAAGAAUGUACUCAAAGACAUGACAGCUGCUUUUGAUUUUAAUUUUCAGUGGUUGAAUCUACAGGUAUUUAUUCUUUGAAAGAAUGCAGUAGAUGAAAUAGAAAGCUCUUACUAGGCUUUUCUGUGUGAAAUAGACAACAGGA